AACAAAACGGUGAUAAAAAGUGGAAACAAAAUAAGGUCUUGACUUGUGGAGUGUGAUUCUGGUUCGUUGUCUUAAUUCAACGCGUGUUAGUAGUUCCAAUUGUGCCAGUUUGGAUCAAAAGGAGACAUUUUGUUUCAAUAACACAUUGCAUUCCAGAAUGCCUAAUAUAAAAGUGUUUUCCGGCACAUCUCACCCGGAUUUGGCCCAAAGGAUUGUUGAUCGUUUGGGUAUCGAUUUGGGAAAGGUGGUCACAAAGAAAUUUAGUAAUCUCGAAACAUGUGUUGAGAUUGGGGAGUCUGUACGUGGUGAAGAUGUUUACAUUGUGCAGUCAGGUUCUGGGGAAAUUAAUGACAAUUUGAUGGAACUACUGAUCAUGAUAAACGCUUGUAAAAUAGCGUCGGCGUCAAGAGUGACGGCAGUUAUUCCAUGCUUCCCAUAUGCCCGCCAAGAUAAAAAAGACAAGUUGCAAGGUGGUGAAGAUGGCUAUGACAUGAAGUUCGCCAAAAAAAAUUACGACUGGAAAUUUAGGAGUCGUGCUCCCAUAUCUGCAAAACUAGUCGCAAAUAUGUUGUCUGUAGCUGGGGCUGAUCACAUUAUAACAAUGGAUUUACAUGCUUCUCAAAUACAAGGGUUUUUCGAUAUACCUGUUGACAAUUUGUAUGCAGAACCGGCUGUUUUAAAAUGGAUUAAAGAAAAUAUACCGGAGUGGAAGAAUUCUAUUAUUGUAUCACCCGAUGCUGGUGGAGCAAAACGUGUAACAUCUAUUGCGGAUCGGCUUAAUGUUGAAUUUGCUCUAAUCCAUAAAGAAAGAAAAAAAGCAAACGAAGUAGCUUCAAUGGUACUUGUUGGAGAUGUGAAAGACAAAAUUGCUAUUUUAGUAGACGAUAUGGCGGAUACUUGUGGUACUAUUGUUCAUGCUGCUGACCGGUUGGUUGAAGCUGGAGCACUCAAGGUAUAUGCCAUUUUAACUCAUGGCAUAUUUUCGGGUCCGGCGAUUUCCCGGAUUAACAACGCUUGCUUCGAAGCUGUCGUUGUUACGAAUACAAUACCGCAAGAUGGACAUAUGAGAGACUGUCCAAAAAUUCAGUGCAUUGAUGUUUCGAUGAUGUUUGCCGAAGCUGUUAGGAGGACACAUAAUGGAGAAAGUGUUUCAUAUCUGUUUUCAAAUGUUCCGUAUUAAUACUUCUAACCAAUAUACUCCUAAAAUAUCAUGAAAAUAUUAUGAAAAUGGCAGUCAUCAACAGCUUCUUUAGUUAAUGUUGUAGUUUACAUUUCUUCCGAA